AUGUCUACAUUAUCAUCCCCUUCUCAGGCUUGGAGUCACUUAAUCCGUUUCAUCAGCACCGAUGGAAAAGAAUAUCAAGGAGAACCAAUUCUAGAUGACAAUUAUACUUGGCCUUCUUCUAUAACGGGUCUCGAAGCAAGAGUGAUUACCGGAGAUAUUUUCAAUUCAUAUCAAAUAACAGAUACUAUAUUACCAGUAAAAAAGUUACUCUCUCCACUCUCGAAGUCUCAAGUUCCAAUAAUCCGUUGCAUCGGCCUAAACUAUCGUAAACACGCCAAAGAAACAAAACAAACAAUACCGAAUUUCCCCGUGCUAUUUAUUAAACCAUCGAAUUCUCUACAGGAUCCUUUCGAGUCAAUCAGAGUCCCACAUAUUGCAUCAAAUAAUCAGGUGGACUACGAAGCGGAGUUGGCGGUGGUGAUAAAGAAACCGUGUAAAGAUGUCACGAAAGAGCAAGCCUUAGACUAUGUACUUGGAUAUACGGCGGCUAAUGAUGUUUCGGCUAGGAAAUGGCAAGGAACCAGUUUGGGUUCUGGUCAAUGGUGUUUCUCAAAGGGAUUUGACACCUUCUCACCUAUUGGUCCAGCACUGGUAUCCCCCAAGAUCAUCCCAAAUCCUAACACACUUGCAAUUCGAGCAAUCGUCAACGGCAAAGUGUUACAAGACUCCAAUACAUCCGAUAUGAUCUUUGAUAUUCCGUCAUUGAUUAGUUUUCUAAGCCAAGGAACUACCUUACAGCCUGGUUCGUUAAUUUUAACCGGUACUCCAGAAGGUGUUGGUUUUGUUAGAAAUCCACCCAUUUAUCUUCAGGACGGUGAUAAAGUUUCUAUUGAAAUUGAGAGUAUCGGCACUCUUUCAAAUUCUGUCGAAUACCAAAAUCUUCCGGUUGACGAUACAAGCAGUAGCAGCAGUAGUCGAUUAAUGAAUGCGAACGGCACUCAAAUUGAGCCAUACAUAUUCAGUAAACUUCCCUCACAUAACAUUGAAAAAAACGCGACAAUUUUAAUUAUUGGCGCGGAUGGAGUUGGAAAACGCAUUCUCGCUCAACAUUUAGUGCAUUCACAACAACAGAUAAUCCAAAACGAGGAGAUCAAUCAAUCAACAAGAUAUAAAGCUGAUGAUGAAAAAGAUAUGAAGCUGAGCGUACGUACAGUCGAAUCUCUUCCUUUACCAUCGUCAUCAACAACCGAUCGACCACGUAUAGAUUAUGUGAUCUUUAUGAUCUCUAUGACCCAAGGAAUUGCCAGGUUUCAUCAGCUAAAAGAGUCCAUGUUGAGAUUACACGAAGAAUAUUUUCUCGGAAGAUGUUGUGUAAUAGUCACUGAAGGUAAAAUCACACAAUAUACAUUUGACAGAUCGGAUCUCGAAGAAUUUUUCAAAGAAAAUUAUUCAAAUAUUCCAAUUUUCUAUACCAUAUUAACGGAUGAAGAUGAAAGACAGAUUCUCAUUCAACAAUUAAAACGCUCAAUUGCAUUAGCUUGCGGUUUUCUUGACAUUAACAAAAAGAUCACGCCGACUAUUUUAAGAUUACCGGCAACUUAUGGCGCAUCAUCCCCAACGUUAGAAGAAAUUCGUUAA